GGAUUUCAAAAACAUUAUUUCUGAAGAAGUAAGAAGAGGAAAUAUUAAAAAUUAUGCCCAUAUCUAAGUGAAAAACUGCUCUAAUUAGGUACCAGGACAUCUCUUAUUUUAAAGGAAUGCCUUGAACAUUUUGUCCUAGUCACUAAGUUGUAUGGAAGUUAACUAUCUAGUUCUUGUAUUUUUGAUCASUUUGUCUCUUUUAUUUCAUUACUAUGUAGAAUACUGUGUUAAAAGGUAAGUUAUAUUUUUAUUUUAAUGUUUUUGUUUUCUAUUUAGAAGUAAAAUAUUCACACAGAAAACUCAUGUUUUGUCCUGGCCAUUUUUUUUAGUUCGUUUGUGAUGAGUGAAACAGAAAUCUGCUGUAUUUGUGGAGACAGUUUAGGGGCAGAGAAUUCUUUUAGCGUAUUAACUCAGAAAGGAUGCGAAACAAUAAAUGCAGUUAACAGUUGUCUUGGUGUUAAGCCAGGUCAAAAAGUACACCGAAAAUGUCGCGUUGAUCUUGUACGACCAAAAAAGUCAACAUGUACCACUCAGCAAAGWCAUGUACAGAAUGUUGCUAAACGCAGGUCAUCAGUAGAGACAUUUAAUUCCAAAGAACACUGCUUUUUUUGUGGCAAGGCCUCGAAGUAUGAUGGAAAGACAAAAGUGAUAGAUGUGAUACGCGUGCGAACAAUAGAAUUCCAAGAAACUAUCUCAAGAUUGUGCAAAGAAAGGAAUGACGACUGGGCACAGACUGUACUUGGACGUUUGGAAUACCUUCAAGACCUCCACGCAGCAGAUGCUAUAUAUCACACCAGUUGUAGUAGCAACUUUCGAACGGGUAGAAAUGUCCCUGUGCAGUACACUGACAACUUUGAUGCCAUGGCCCCAAAGAGGUGUAAGACCCAAGGAAGGAAAGCCGAUACUGCAAAAAGUGCUGCUUUUCAGAAAKUAAUACAAUAUCUAAGCGAAAAUGAAGAUGAGCAACUCACAGUUGCUGAUUUGGUCAAGAAGAUGGAUGAUUAUCUUCAAGAUUCUAUUGAGGAAGCUUAUAGUGUAGUAUACAUGAAGAGACGACUGGAAGAGCAUUUUGGUGACAGAUUACUUAUCACCUCAACAAGAAAAAGACCUAAUGWUAUAACCUUUAGACAGACUGUGGCAUCCAUUGUGCACGAAUUCUAUGGACAACCGAAAAAUGAGGAUCCUCAAAUAGAAAGAUGUAAAAUUGUAAAGGCUGCAGCUAACUUARUCAAGAGUGAAAUUAAGUCUAUUGAUGCGUCAGGUGAUAGCUACCCAACAAGUAAUGACAUGACAUCUGUAGAUGAAGCUUUAGAAUAUGUUCCAGAAUUGGUGCAAAUGUUUUUAAAUACAUUAUUUUCUGGGAAAGAUGUGCGCUUAAAAGUUGCCUCCAUCGGGCAAGCAAUAAUGCAAGGUACACGCCCAAGAGCCAUUGUUGCACCACUACAACUAGGACUUGGAGUUCAAAUGCACCAUCAGUUUGCUUCAAAGUUCCUCAUUGACUCCUUAAACUCUCAUGGAUUUUGCUGUUCGUACAGCACCGUUCAGAAAUAUGAAAGAAGUGCAGCCGUCGCUCAAGGCACCGAUAUACCUGGAUGGAUUCCAGGGCGUUUCAUUCAGUAUGCCGCUGAUAACGUAGAUCACAACUCGAGAACCCUUGAUGGAGAGGGGACGUUUCAUGGCAUGGGGAUUGUGGCCACAAUUACUCCAGGUACGAAAACCAAGACUUCAAUUCCAAGACGAGAGGUAUCUACUGAUGAAAUUUCUAAAACUGGGCGUAUACCUAUUCGUCCCUAUUAUGGUCCAAAUGAAGACGUCUCACGCCUCCUAUUUAAGGACUUGGACGACUUGAAAGUAAAAGAUGAUACUGAAAACUUAGACCUGCUAUGGAAGUUGACACUACCACUCUUGAGAUCCCCUCAGGCAGGCUGGGCUGGCAUGAUGCAAAAUGUGUGCAGCGGAGCUCAUCCUGGGAAAUCAUCAGUAAUUUUUCUUCCCAUGAUUGAUAUCGACCCUGGCGACAUGACGUGCAUAUACUCCACGAUUUCCUUUAUCAAUGAACAAGCUAGCCGCUACGGUGCCACCCCAAUAAUCACUUUUGAUCAGCCAUUAUGGUGGAAAGCCCUUAUGAUAAUCCAAGAGAAACCAGAACUAAAAUCCGUACUUCUAAAACUUGGAGGUCUGCAUAUCGAAAUGAGUUACCUUGGAUGUAUUGGCCAUAUAAUGUCAGGUUCCGGUCUUCAGGAACUUCUAGAGUUAAUAUAUGCAAAUAAUGCUGUUACCCAUAUGCUUAGCGGAAAAGCAAUUGCAAGAGCAAUUAGAGGUCACUUUCUCUUGGAUCGGGCUCUCAAUGCAUUGAWUGCAUGUAAAACACUAGAUCUCCCUACUUUGUCUGUAGAGAGUGAUUUGCAAGCAGAUGAAAAUGAUGUUACUGAAGAUGAUGAUCAGGAUGAGCGAAACACACAAGAAAGAGCAACAGACAUUGACAUCGAACUUAURAAACGUUUGUGUAAUGAAUCUUUAGAGUUUCCAGAAAAAGCAAACGAAGUGUCCUCUUAUAAUGUCUUUAAAAGAGUAGCCACAAAAAUCAAAGAGAUGCAGGCGUCAAUGAAGAAUCAUCGAACAGCUGUAUUGUGGAUGGAGUACAUGAAGAUGGUUGACAUUUUAAAAACAUUUAUCAAGGCAGAAAGAACCGGUAACUGGAAGCUUCACCUUCAAGCAGUUUAUGACAUGUUACCCUAUUUUGCGGCAGCAGGUCAUAACCUCUAUUGCAAAUCAGGUCAUAUCUAUCUGCAGUUGAUGCAAGACUUACAGAAAUCCCAUCCUGGUGUAUAUAGCAGUUUCAUGGAAGGCUUGCAUGUUGUGCGACGUAGUGAUCGCUUCUGGGCAGGACUGUCUACUGAUCUGAUUAUUGAGCAGGUGUUAAUGCGUAGCGUUAAGACAAGUGGUGGAUUAACUAGAGGAAGAGGCAUGUCAGAAACACAACGCCUUGUUUGGGUGAUGUCGAUGCCCGCUUGUGCAGAUAUCAACAAUGCGAUGCAGAGUCUCACACACACUAAUUUUAGCACAAGUGACCAGCAUACAUGCAACGAGCAACACAAGGAGGCCACUAAAGCAAGAAUGGAACGUGRCUACAGUGAUACCAAUAAGAUUAUAAGCUACCUGUCUCAGAGAAACCCAUUCAGUGCAGACACAUCUCUACGCAACAUCGCAACUGGCGUAGUAGCUGAGGAAGGAGUAAAUUGUGAUAAAGCCAAAGACGUUGGAUGUGAGAUACUCAAGAAGAUG